CCUCCUUCCUCCUCCUCCUGCUCCUUCUCCUCCACCUCCUCCUGCUCUUCCUUCUCCUUCCUCCUCUUCCUCCUGCUCCUUCCUCCUGGCUCCUUCCUCCUCCUCCUCCUUCCUCCUCCACCUUCCUCCUGCUCCUUCUCCUCCUCCUCCACCUUCUCCUUCCUCUUCCUCCUCCUGCUCCUUCUCCUCCUUCCUCCUCCUCCUCCUGCUCUUCCUUCUCCUUCUCCUCUUCCUCCUGCUCCUUCCUCCUCCUCCACCUUCCUUCUCCUCCUUCCUCCUCCUCCUCCUUCUCCUUCACCUCCUCCUCCUCCUCCUCCUAAUUCCUCCUCCUCCUCCUCCUCUUUCCUCCUGCUCCUUCCUCCUCCUCCUCCUCGUCCUCCACCUUCUCCUUCCUCCUGCUCGUCCUCCUCCUCCUUCCUCCUGCUCCUUCCUUCUCCUCCUCGUCCUCCUCCUCCUGAUCUUCCUUCUCCUUCCCCAUCUUCCUCCUCCACCUUCCUCCUCCUCCUCCUCCUGCUCCUUCCUCCUCUCCCGGGAUCGCUGCUCGGCCCCGCAGCCCGGCCCGACCCGCCGCAGUGAGCAAAGUGAAGGCGGCGAAAGUGAUGGCGGGGCCAGGCCCGGGGAGGAGGAUGAGGAGGAAAAGGAGACGGAGGAGGAAGCAACGCGGCGGGACGGGAUCGAGCGGCUCUCGGGAUGCCCCAGCGGCGGGCAGUGCCCACGCUGACCUCGCUGUGCCUGCAGAGCCUGGCGCAGCACAUGCAGAGCCUCUGGGCCAAGGACUACAGUGACAAUUACCUGGACGAGUACCAGUUCCGCUUCCUCGUGGGGCCCUUCAACGACCUGGACUGCGGGCUGGUGCAGGAGCUGCUGCGGCUGCUGGGCACGAGCCGGCGGCUGUCGAGGGCGGCGCUGCACCUGCUGCUGCUGCCACACCUGCGCCAGCUCAGCCUCACGGCCUGCCCGGGCCUGGCCAACAAUGCCCUGGGGCACCUCGUCGUGCUGCGCUGCCAGGGUCUGACGGUGCUGGAUGUGGGCGGCUGCGGGCGCCUGUCCCCGGCCGUGCUGGUGGACGUGGCCGAGGGGCUGCCCCGCCUGCGCCGCCUGGGGCUGGCCCACACCCAGGCCAACCUGCAGGUGCUGUCGGCCGUGGGCUCCUGCUGCCGCCACCUGCGGGAGCUCGAUGUCAGCGGCUGCAGGAAGGUGACCCCGCGCGCCCUGCGCCACCUGGGCUACGACCCCGCCGAGCGCAGCCCGGGCUGCCCCGCGCUCCGCGUGCUGCUGGCCCGCGACCUGGAGCACGCCGGGGACGGCGACGCGGUGGCUGCCGUGGCCUUCCUGCUGCUGGCGCUGCCGUGCCUGGAGGUGCUGGCACACGGUGCCCUGCAGGAUGCCCUGUGCCUGCUGCGCUCGGGGCAGCUGGGUGGCACCGAGGACUCGGAGGGAUUCCCCUCGCUGGAGGAGCUGGCGCGGAGCCGGGGGGCGGCGGGGGAGGGAGCCCCGCUCACGCUGCCCCUGCGGCAGCUGGAGGAGGUGCGGGAGGACGCCCUGAGCGCCGUGCACGCCGUGUGUCCCCAAGCCGAGGAGCUCAGCGUGUGGCUCGGGGACAAUCCCGGCUCCUCGGGGCUCCGGGAGCUGCAGGGCUGGCGUUGCCUGUCCCGAGUGACUCUGGGCUGCUCUGGGCGGCACGGCCGGGCGCUGGCAGCGCUGCUGCCCCUGGCGCAGAGCCUGGGCACCCGCCUGCGUGCCCUGACCCUGCACGGCUUCACCUGCUGGGACCCUCUGUCGCUGCCCGCCCUCCUCGCCAGCUGCCCCGGCCUGCAGAGCUUCACCGCCGAGCUGGAGGCGCCACCAGACCCCCACGCCCACCAGGAGCCCCCCGAGGAGGAAGAGGAGGAACCCCGUGCCCCACCACCGCGCUGGGCCACCGACCUGCUGCCCCGGGGGCUGCCCCAGCUCCAGAGCUUCACGCUGAGCCUGGCCGGGCCCCUUCCAGCCUCGCACGGGCCCGUGCUGAGCUCCACGCUGGCCUCGCUGCUCUGCGGGGCCCCCCAGCUGCAAACCCUGCGCCUGCUGGCGCUGCCCUUCCCGCUGGACUCGGUGCUGGAGCCGGCGCUGCCGGGGCUGCGGGAGCUGCGGGAGCUGUCGCUGGCCGGGAGCCGCGUGUGCCCGGGCACCGUGUGGCACCUGCUGGGCACCGAGGGGCCCCUGCGGCGCCUGGAGCUGUCGCGCUGCCCCGACAUCCACCGGCGCGACUACGACGGCUUCCUGCACCAGGUGAGGAAGCAGCGCCUGGAGCUGGACAUCACCUGGGAGUAGCGACGGGGUUUUUAAUAAAAGUGUCGCUGUCACAGCUGGA